GCUGCGAAUCCCCCACUCAUAAAAUUGACCACUCGUCCUCCCCCCUGCCCGUCAUCAUGCUUAAUCUCUCUCCAGUUUCCCCCAGUUCCCGUUUCCAUCUCCAUCCUCCCCCCCGGGAGCAGGAGCUGCAGCCAGGAGUCGAGUCGGCGUCGUCACGGGAGAUAUCAGCUUCGCUAUCACCGGAUCCCCCUCUGCUCCCUCCGCACCUCCCAUCUGCGCUCUCUGUUUUCUUCCGCGCACCCCGGCUGUUGGUGUCCCGUCCGGCAGCGUUGCUGGUGGCUGAAUCCGAGCCUUUGAGGGGUCUGCUGCCGCCGCCGCCGCCGCUGUCACCGCUCUUGAGAUCUCUUUAUUGAUCUGGAGAGAUUAAAGAGGGAUUCUUGCCUUCCUACUGGAGCAAGAGAAAGGGGAGAACGUGUUUCUUCAGGCGUGGUUGAACAGUGAGGACCGGAGAACAAUGCGAGGUUCGGGAUUUAAGAUGUUCUGGCUUUAGGGGCAGUUCUUCUGAAGCAGGGGACGGGCGAUUCGACCACCGGAGCUCAGAUCUGAUUACAAAACGUUCAGAAAACACAAGGCGUUCUCACACCGCCUUUCACUUCUUGCUUACUUUGGCAACCACUCACUGCGACUGGUCUCCACCUCCACCUACACCAAAGAACACAUGGCAAGCCGAUCUAGCGCGAUGGAAGGAGGGGCGGCAAUACAAAGGAGGAAUGCCGUGAAGCGGCAUCUGCAGCAGCGUCAGCAGGAGGCGGAUUUCCUCGACAAGAAGGUCAUCGCGUCCACCUACUUCAGCAUCGGGGCGUUCCUCGUGCUCGCCUGCCUCACCGUCUCGCUGCUGAUACUGCCGCUGGUGCUGCCUCCCCUGCCGCCGCCGCCGUCGCUGCUGUUGUGGCUGCCGGUCUGCCUGCUCGUCUUGCUGGUUGUACUGGCCUUCAUGCCGACAGAUGUGCGCAGCAUGGCCUCCUCUUACCUGUAAAUAGAUAAAUAGGUCUUGGCCAGAUUUUCUGUGUUUUGCAGCUGCAGGAUUCGUCCUAAGACGAGUCAUGAGUGUAAUGUGAAGCAACUUCUCCAGGGAUAGAUCUCAACCAAGUUUGGUAGC